AUGGAGUGGCUUGGACGUGCAGCAAUCGACUUCACUCAUGCGCCUACACCGCGCAAGGUGACGGAAAAGGACGGCAACGAGACCGAUCUCUUGUCCAUCACCGAAAAGGCAACGCCGCCAUGCAACUUGAACCCUCUGCUCUUCAAUGGUCACCUGCAGACAAUGUGGACGGCCACCAAGCCUGCUGGUCCCAAAAUCUACUACAAGCGCAAGAUUUUUGAUGCCGACCACAAGAUUUACCAUGGAACAUUUGCUGUAGAUUUCGCCGUUGAGCCCUUUGAGGCUCCUGAUGAUCCUACCCUGUCGCGCCGAACAGCUUACCUCACCGACGAAGAGUUUGAGAACUUUGGAUCCGACGACACCAAGCCCAUGCUCGUCAUCUUGCAUGGCCUUUCGGGUGGUUCACAUGAGAUCUACCUGCGACACACAAUUGCGCCCAUGAUUGGUGAGGGUGGCUGGGAGGCCUGUGUUGUCAACUCAAGAGGUUGUGCCCGGUCCAAAAUCACCAGCGGUGUGUUGUAUAACGCGCGAGCGACCUGGGAUAUUCGUCAGACAGUGAAAUGGCUACAGAAGAAGUUCCCCAACCGACCCCUUUUCGGUCUAGGAUUCUCGCUCGGCGCAAACAUGCUCACCAACUAUUGUGGUGAAGAGGGCCCUAACUGUGUUCUCAAGGGAGCUGUUGUUUGCUCGAACCCCUUUAACCUUGAUGUUUCCAGCAAGAUCCUCCAAAACAGCUACAUCGGCAAAGAGGUGUACUUGCGAGUCAUGGGCAGUGCUCUGAAGGAACUCGCUGCUACACAUAGAAAGGAACUGGAACAGUAUAGCACAAUUGACGUUGAUGCCGUUAUGAAGAUCACGUAUCUCUAUGAGUUUGAUCGCUUGAUUCAGUGCCCUUCUUGGGGCUAUCCCACCGAGACUGCGUACUACCGAGAUGCCUCGUCCGUUGACUCAAUCUUGUCAAUUGAGAUUCCUUUCCUGGCUAUUCAUGCCACUGAUGAUCCUAUUGCUGUCAAGGAAGCCAUACCUUACGAGGAGUUCAAGCAGAACCCCAACACUAUUCUUCUCACAUCGAGUCUCGGAGGGCAUUUGUGUUGGUUUGAGUCCGGAGGUAGCCGCUGGUUCCCCAAGCCUGUUGCCAACUUCCUGAACCAUCUGGCUUUCAAGACCGAUCUCGACAGCCUCAAGCCCCAGGCAAACCCGAACGGCGGUGCCUUCACUGCUGGACACGGAUACAGUCCCAUGAGACGCAAGCUGAUGAUUUCUGAGGACUGA